CCUAAAACCCUAACCCAGCAGCAUUUAUUCCGUUUCUCUAUAUCCAAUCUCGCGCACACACACAUUACGCAGUUGGCGGCAGACUCCAUAGACGUAAGCUCCACCCAAUUUCCGCACACCUCUUUCGCAUCUACUGCUAGGAAGGCGGCAAAGAUGAGCAAAGGCGCGGCGCCGGCGGGAGCCAAAGGCGGGAAGAAGAAGGGGGCGACCUUCGUUAUCGAUUGCACGAAGCCGGUCGAGGAUAAGAUUAUGGAGAUUGCCUCGCUCGAAAAGUUUUUGCAGGAGCGAAUUAAGGUCGGCGGAAAAGCCGGAGCUCUCGGGGACUCGGUCACUGUAACUCGUGAGAAAAGCAAGAUCACCGUCACUGCUGAUUCCGUUUUCUCAAAGAGGUACAUUAAGUAUUUGACUAAGAAAUACUUGAAGAAGCAUAACGUCAGAGAUUGGCUUCGGGUGAUCGCUUCCAACAAAGAUCGGAAUGUUUAUGAACUGCGCUACUUCAACAUUGCCGAGCAGGAGGGUGAGGAAGAAGAUUAAAUGUGCAGCUUUGGUGGCUUCUGGUGCUCCACUUUUUGGAUCUGUUGGAGUAGUUGGUUUUGCCUUUCAUCUCAAAAAAUUAACAAUUCACUAGAUUUUGAGCUUAGAUUUUAGCUCUCUUUUUGCUUUAUGUUGCUCGUAUUUCAUAUAUAGAUCCCUUUUUUAAGAAGUGUAUUUUUGGUAUAGCUUUGUUGCCAAGAUGCUUAGUGCUUUCCAUGUGUAUUGUGCGGCUUAUGAAGUUUUCAUCAAUUUCAUCUCUUCUCAUUUUCCA